GCUUUUUAAAUGGGUAAACCAACCUCAAAGUUGUGACAUUUGGCAAAUCGUAAAUAUGAAGAAAUUUAAUAGUGAUUUAAUUGUUCACAAUAAUUAUGUGAUUUAUUAUAAAUAGGAUUAAGUCGGUCACACGUUAUCUCGUAAAAGCUGCGAUUUAUUUUAUUUCCUCGAACGAAAAAUGGAUAUAAACGCUUUAGGAUGGAUGGGUUUAAUAAUUACUUUGUUCUUAACUUCUUUCGGGUUGUUUUCGUUUCUUACAACGGCCCUAGGACUACUGACUUUUAUCCUAGGGUUCAUUACUUUGGUAUAUUUAAGGAAGGGUGAUAUUGACAAGUUCCACAACCACUGUGCUGGGAACCCCCUCACAGUUAAUAUUCUCCCAGAAGGUGGUUUAAGACAGGUGGUUAGGCAACUUGUAAGUCCUCAAAAAGUACAAAAAACCGACAGUAGGGUAACAGGCAGUGAGCUAAUCGACAACUCACUGCAAGAGAUAUUAGGCUACAUAGUCAGAGACUACAUCUCACCAUGGUACAACUUGAUAUCAAGAGACACCGAAUUUACUGAUAUUACGAUAAGGAAAACUGCACAAACUUUUGCUAUCAACAUUUCAAACAGGGUGAAAGAGAUUGACUGGAUCCCGUAUUUAACCACACGUUUGGUCGAUGAUGCGGCCACACAUUUGCGGCUUUUUAAGCAAGCCAGAGCUCGGAUGAAAUUUCUAGAAAAGAGUAAAACACCAAAACAGUCACCGCUCAAAGACCAGAAAAACUCGCCGAGAAAAACUCACAAGAGGAACAAGAGCGAGACGGACGUGGGCUGGUACCAUGGCAAAGCCAAUGAUAUUAAGAAAGAACCUGAGGUGAAUGUCGGAAAUUCAAAGUUUUAUCUGAACGAUUCCAAGAAAAGCACCACUUUGGAAGACCACUUCUUUGAUCUAGAGUGUCAAAUGGAAAAUUACUUAGUUUGUAGAGACGUAGUUAGUAUGGACGUGGCCAAAGAAAAAGAAUUCUUGUGCGAAAUUAUUGAAAUAUUAUUAUACAUUCUUCUCCCUGAUGAAGAUUUCCAUUGUAAGCCCUUGCGGUACGUCUUGCGUGAGAUCUUCGCCAACUGUGUGAUUCAACCGCUUUUUGCUAUGUUGUCUGAUCCCGAUUACAUUAAUCAGGCGAUAAUUUGGCUGUGUUUGCGUGAUGGUACUUUACCAAGUGACAUUUUUUUAACCACUUUGAGAAUUACAGACAACUGUGAUGAACUAAAAAGUACUAAAAACCUAGCUGAGAAAGAAGUACAACAAUUGAGAUCACGCGAUUCUGGGGGCGACAGUGAUCUCGCAAUCAAGCAGCAACUGAGCAGUCUGUCUUACGUUUUGAAAUUAAUCGAGAGUCGACUAAUAAAAAUGCAAGAUGCCGAAAAUUUAGACACUCCAACUUCCCUUGAUUACGUCCAAUUGGAGAGUAUUAAAAAAAUCGACUUAAAGCUGCACCAGAUACUGAAAAAUAACGUCGCUUUGUCGUACUUUAUUGACUACGUGUCGAGCCAAAAAAAGCACCUGGAUUUAUUUUUUUACUUAACCAUUGAAGGCUGGAAGGUUUCAGUGGAGCAGCAGUUGUCCGAUUUGCACAUAAACAAGAUCAAAGGCGCCAGUGACAACUCAUCUGCUGUGUUUGAGGAAAUCCGUUCCACCGCCUUGAGCAUUUACAACCAGUACCUGGGCGAAAAAUCCGACCAACGUGUCGUAAUUAAACCAGCUUUGACCCAAAGUCUCUUUUUCAAAAUUCGCAAUUUGAACGAAAUUCCCUCCGAAUUGUGGUUUGACGAAGUCCAACAAGCGAUUUACGACAAAAUGGAAAACGAUGACGAGUAUUUACCAGCAUUUAAGAGGAGCAAAGCGUACUUUAAACUCCUCCAAGAGUUGGAUUUGGUGCAACAGAACGUGACCGAAGAAGACGCGAUUAGUCUGAACAGCAAUGAAUCGAUCGAACUUAUAAAUACGGAGAGCAAAUCGGAGCAAAGUACGCCACAACAGCACGCAAAUAAUUUGUUUUUGGUGCCGGAAAGCACCGGGAAAAACGUCAAGCAUGCCAGGUCGUUCAGCGAUGUGACGAUGUUUAUGAGCAAGAAUAACAGCGAAGUAAGGGCGAAUGGCAACGACUUUGCAAAGUUUGAAACGGAGGAGGUUUUGACGGUGGAGGACCAACGCGUGCUGGAGAAGAGCCUCAAGACUGGAGAGUUUGUCCUUAACGUUAAUAUUAUCGAAACAGGGAUUGUGUGUGAGAAGGGCAAAAUGUUCGGCAUUUACGCGAUUCGAGUGAGCCGCCAAUACGAGACCGGCUUUCUGGAAGAGUGGCACAUCUACCGGCGCUAUAGCGAUUUUUACGAUUUGUACAGCAAAGUCAAGGAUAAAUUUCCGGAUCUUUCAAAACUAUCAUUCCCGGGCAAAAAAACAUUCCAUAACAUGGACAGAGCCGUCCUUGAGCGUCGCAUGAAAAUGCUAGGCUCUUACAUGAGCGAAUUAUGUAACCCCAGUGUGCUAACGACUCACUCCGGAUUGCAAGACUUGUUGAUGAUGUUCCUGGAGCAAGGGGAUUACGAUAAAGCGACUGGGGGCCCGAUUUCCAGCACUAUCAAUACUUUAGUGAAUCCGUUGAAAUCCGGCAUGAAAACGAUCAAAAACAUGCCGGAACAGUUGUUUAACACUGUUGAUGAGGUCAUGGGGGGCAUUACUAAAGUUUUUCAUGCCAAGCCUGGACGCCUACCUGAGGCUAGUAAAGUUGGGGCUUCAAUUGAAGAGACUGAUGAUAACAUUCCACUGAGGAUUAUGUUGCUGCUUAUGGACGAAGUUUUUGAUUUAAAGUCACGAAAUCAAUGGCUAAGGAGGAGAAUAGUGACUUUGUUGAGGCAAAUUGUGCGGACCAUGUUCGGUGAUAUUGUCAAUCGUAGGAUAUUGGACUAUGUUUCGUUUAUUACAAGUCCGAAAAACGUAGCGCAUUAUUUAUAUGUUUUCAAGCAAUCUUUUUGGCCAAAUGGUAUGAAAUAUGAGAAGAAAGCGGAUCGAGACGAAGAUACGCGCAAUCGCACGAGAGUGGCCGCCAAAGUUGCUCUCCUGUCCUGCCUAUCAGAUGAACUCAAGCAUAUAAUAGGAUCCGAGACCACACGGAGAGGCUUAUUAACGAUUUUCGAACUGUUUCAAAGACCAAUUUUGAACCGUAGGCUAUUUUACGUCCUGCUGGAGGGCGUUUUGUGUACUUUGUUUCCAGAAAAAGACAUGUUCAAACUAUUUCAAAAACUCCAUUCUAAGUCAAAGCGAAUUCAAGAUAAACACAAUACUCAAACUGUUAGGUGAUAGCUUAUUUAUUUGUAAAUGUAUCGGGUGCCAUCGCGUUCUCUUCAUUGUAUUAUUUAUUCAAAGAGUUUGUUUAUUUUUAUAGCUGGUUUCUAUCCUUUAACUGUGCUUAACUUGUUGUAUUAUUUGUUAGAAUAAAGAUUUAAAUUAUU